AUGAUAGCUCCACUCAAAAAUUCAAACCUCAAAAGGGUUUACUACAAGGGGAUCCCACCUUUCUUAUUCAUCUUAGUAGCUGAAGUUUUCUCCAAGCUUAUGAAGAAUGCAGUACAACUUCAAAUAAUUUCAGGCUUCUCAAUUAACUCAAUUCAAGUCUCUCACCUACAAUUUGUAGAUGACACAUUGGUGUUUUUAGAUGCAAAAGAAGAAGAAGCUGAAAACUUGGUUAUCAUCCUGCAAAUCUUUGGGGAAAUUACAGGCUUAAGUGUAAACUUUUCUAAAAGUGAUGUUAUAAGCAUUGGUACUGAGCAUAAGAUAGAUGCUAUUGCAGAGAUUAUGAAUUGUAAAAUAGAGAUCUUGCCACUGAAAUAUUUGGGUCUGCCAGUGGGAGCUACAGCCAGAUGUUCAGCUAUUUGGGAGGUGGUGAUUGAAAAAUUACAAAAGAAAUUAUCUUUGUGGAAAAGGAAAUUCUUCACAAAAGCUGGAAGAUUGGUCUUAAUUAAAGCUACUCUAUCCAGCUUACCUCUACUUUAUGUCAAUGCUAGUCAGAGUGGAGAAAAAGCUCAACCAAAUUAUGAGAUACUUCUUGUGGGGCUCCUCAGCAGAUACAAGGAAAACCAAUUGGGUAGCAUGGGAGAGAGUUUGUUUACCAAAGAAUAA